AUGAAUUAUGAUCAACUGUUAUGUGCAUGGUCUCUGCUGUUUACGGAGAUGUAGGCGUUCGGAUAGCUUCCUACCCGUAGGAUGUAUCCGGAAUAUACAGCUGUGCUGCUCGCGGAAAUGAGGCCUGUCACCCACAAAAUCUGGUGGCAUAGUAGUAUUCAGUAUAGCAUGGGCCCCAGACCAGGUCAGACACAGGCAAUGAUAGUACCAACUAGUGCAUUUCAACAGAGAAGGGGAUAUGCGCAAGAAACAAGGACAAUGGGAACAAUGCCAAGCCCAGCAACGGAGGCUGCGCAAAAAGAUAUGACAAGAGUGGGAUUCGAACCCACGCCAUCUUACGAUGAUCAGGAAGCUGUGAAGCUGGGUGUUAAGGUGACCUUAACCUGACGCCUUAGACCAACUCGGCCAUCUUGCCGUUGAUGAAUGAAUUGCACAAUUUUGCGUAUAUUGCUUCUUAAAGAAAACAAGACUCGUGGCAGGCAGAUCCGGC